AUGCGGCUACACACUGUGCCUUCGUGCUUCAAGGAAAGCCAGUCUGGCUGGGGCAUCUCCUGGUGGAUCAACCGCGAGCUAAUUCCCGUGCUCCACGUUGAACGCGGCAAGACGUACAAGUUUAUCGUGGAAGGCGGGGACGACAACACCACGUCGACCAACUACCACCCCUUCUACAUUACCGACAGCACCAAGGGCGGCGGCUCCAAGGAGAUUGCAUCCCUCGGCAAGCCGGGACAUCUCCUGUUCGCUGGCGUAUCCCUUGACGCUCAGGGUAAUCCCGUCGUCUCCAAGGGCGUGGCCACGGGUCGCCUCUGCGAGUGGAAAGAAGACCCGAAUGGCGCGAGCGACAAGGCCACCACGUGGGAGGAAUACAACAAGACGCUGAAGCUGGAGUGUAAGCCAGGUCAGCCGGGACAAUUCAGCUGGACCCCGGACUCAAACACGCCGAACGUCGUAUACUACCAGUGUUUCACGCACUACUUCCUUGGCUGGAAGAUAUCGGUGACCAAUGCUGGCGAGGAGGACAAGCCUCUCGGUGAAAUCAUCGAGGACGAGUCGGGCCGAGCGACCAGGCCUGUCCUUUUGUCGCCGCUGCUGCUUUUCGUCGGCUGCGUCCUCUCGCGGGUGCCCUGACACCCGCCGCCCCCUCUCUUGUUAACGCUGUUGUGGCGUUUUUUUUUUUUCUUAUCUUUGUAAUUUGUUUUCGUAACAUUCCUGCCUUAGUUUCCGCGAUAUCGUUCGUGCCUGCGCACAACGCCGUACACAAGUUGCCUUCUUUGCCGUUUUAGCCAAGACAACGAGUAAAUGAUUCGCAA